AUGCAGGCGGAGCGGGGCGGCAGCAGGCCCCGCAGGGAAGGGGCCUGGCACGGCCGGCGGCGCCCCUCCGGCGCGCCCGACGCGGCGAAGGAAGGAGGCGGCGGGGACGGCCACGGGCGCGGAGAAGGCGGGGGCCGGGGAAGAGGCGGCGCUUACGGGCACCGAGGAGGCGGGGGACGGGACAGGCGAGAGCCCCGAGGUCGCGGGGCAGCGCCAUCACCCAGGGCCCAGCAGCACCGGCGGGUAGAGGAGGAUGAUGAUACUGAAUCACUGCAUGAAGAAGGGAAGGAAGAAGUGAAAUGCUAUUCAAGAAGAAAGGUAUUUUCUAACUGGAGCCGCUAUGAGGAUACAGAAAAAGAGGGACAGAAUGGAGUUGGGGAGUCACAGAGAGGAACAGACUUCAGUGUUUUGCUUAGCUCAGCAGGAGAUUCCUUUACACAGUUUCGAUUUGCUGAUGAGAAAGAAUGGGAUAAAGAAAGUAUAUGCCAAAAGCAGUUUUCUGCACUUUCUGUUGACUGCCAGUCUUUGGUCCAGGCCCUUCAGGAAUUGCCUCUACAUCUGAGGCUGAAUAUAGCUGCUGACCUUGUGCAGGCAUCAACACCUCUAGAGAUCCCACAGAUGAAAUCUAAAAUUUUUGAAGAUGGGAAGAAGAGAGAGCAGCUGUUCCGGCAGUCUCUGGCUCAGAGUGAAACCGGGCUGGUCUCCCAUCCUGUUGGUAAUUCUCUUGCUCCAUCAGGACCUGGGAGUAAAAAUGCCUCUAGGGCAAAUGCAAGAGAAUCAUUUCAAAGAGUCCAUCCUCUAUCAAAUCAAGACACUGACCAUUUGGAUGAAGAACUAGAUCGUCUCCUGAAUCUAGAGGCUCCCAUUAAUACAGAAAAUGGACCUGUGUCAGGUACAUUAUCCUGCAGCAUAUCAACUGAGAAAGAUUUGAAAAUGGAUUGUAAGGAAAAUGAGCCUUUAAAAGUAGAUAUGCCUGAAGAGAAAAGCACAUCAUCACAGCAGCAGCAAAGUACAUCCAAAGAUGUUACUGAAGAAGAGCUGGAAGAUUGGCUGGACAGCAUGAUCGCCUGAAGCUCAAAUUUCCUCAUAUGAAUAACUGAAUAUAGCAAACAUUAUGUAGAAACUUGAAUCUUUCUUUAUCUCAUCUCCUUGUUAUUUCCUUUUUCUGUCUGCCAAAUGCCUGUUUUUCUUUGCUGGCACUUAAAAUUUUGUGCAACCAAAAUGAAUUUAGAUAAGAUUGAAAAUUGUUGGAGACAAAUGAUAUUAUUAGAAAGGUCUAAAAGUUGUGAUAGAGUUUUCUUUGCUAAAAAAGCAGACUACAAUGCAGAAAUAAAACAGUUAUAUUUCAGCUUGUACUUGCUCUAUGUAGUCCUUAAAAUAAAGCUGUGGAUGAACAAUGAA